UUACAAUAAUACGAUAUAUAUUAACAACAAUCUGUCAGUUUGUUUUUAUCUUGUUGAAUAAAAGAAAAAUCUUUACUGUGGAAAUACCUUUCUGCUAACUGAAGAUGCGGACAAUGUUAAUUUCAAUCCUGGUUAUUGUAUUGAUAACUGUUUGGUCCAGAGAGGCCAAUUCAAUGGCUGCUAAGGCUAAAGGUGACAAUCCUGGAAAUCCUUAUACAGGAAACUGUGACUUGGAUUCAGAUUGUCCAGCUGGGAGUGUCUGCAGACUUCCAGGAUUCGGUGAUGCAAAUGCUGCGGCACAGAAGAAGUGCUAUCCUUGUCCAUGCGUGAAUGGUGUAUGUGUAUUUGCUUCUUCGCCACCACGUCAACAAAACAUGCGAGAUGAUAUUUUCACUUGUGAUUGCAAUCCUGGUUGGACUGGACCUGUGUGUGAUCAAGAUAUUGAUGAAUGUGCAUUAAAUACCGACUGCUGUCAUGGUACGUCUAGCAUGUGCACCAACACAGUUGGGAGUUAUACUUGCAGCUGUAGCAGAGUGGACUGGGCACUAGGGACAGAUAACUGCGAAUGUGUCGACCUUUCGGAGACUGUUUUUCGUGUUCAGACCGGAAACGGCCAAAAUACCGUCAAUGCGUGGGUUAAUGGUGGAUCCGGAACAACAAGUGAUCAAAGUUGCAUAUCCACUAGCCAGUCUUCAGGGUGCUCUAAACAUUACAGAAACCCUUCUGUCAACAACUGGAACACGUUGAAUGUCAAACAGGUUCGCUAUUCAUUGUACAAGAAUGAGAAGGAAGUGGCCUACGUGUUGUUCAAUGGCGAAGAAAGCAAUAUGAUCAACUGGUUUACACGCUCAAGGAUAAUUAUCAGCAGUUAUGAAGACAUAACUGAUGCAAGUGGCUGGAUCCUUUUUGGCAUUGAUCCUGGAUUUCAGGAAAGAAAUUUCAUCAUACAACACGAGGUCGGAAGUUGCAAAUAUGCUGAUAUAACCCACUUCCUCACGGUAGACAGAAAUGGUUGCUGUUGUUAUUACGAUAAUUUUGGAAAUAAUCCGUAUAUCUGGUACAGUGUCGGGACAACAGCACACAGUACGGGAAAUAGAUCUGCCUUUGAAUUUGCUGACACGGCAAUGAUCAGCAUCAUACAACACUAAAAUGUAAACAGUCUACUUAAGGAUUUAUCAAGAGAGUAUAUAAAAUAUGCAGAAUGCAAAAAACAAUAUAAGCAAAUGGCAUGUCUAUACGCACUGACAAAUGCCUGGAGCUGAAUAACCUCAUGAGUAACAACAUAAAAUGAAAAUAUUUCUUCAUAUUGUACUGAAAAAUAAAAUGUUAGCAUAU